AUGCUCCGAUACCCACUGUUCUACUUGAAGAUCGAGAAGCUGCUUAAGGGCAGGAAACCCGUGUGUCUCAUGGCGCGCUACAGCUGCACGUACGCGAACAUCCCGAGCCCGUUCUGGUGGAGCUCGGAGCACUUCGGCGGCCCAAUCAUCGAGCAGGUGACGCACUUCGCUGAUAUCGCGCGCGUCGUGCCACCGGCGAACCGCGUUCCUCGUGCUAACGUGGCUAACUGGUACUUCAAGAGUGGUGCACUCGGCAACCUGGCUCAAGGUCCGUACUCAGAGACGCUGAUGCUCACUGUUUUGCAGCACAACAGUGACGAGGAGGUGGCGUUCGAGCUCUCUGGCGACGACAUGUACCUGACCGAUGACCUCGAGUUGUUAAAGGUCACUCACGGCGAGAGCGAUGACUUUCGCUGUCAGUACCAGGACGCUGUGAACACGUUCGCGUUGACAUGCAAAAUUUGUGACGUAGCUCUUGCAAACUUGGCUACUACUACGGGUUACUGUACAUCUGGGUAA